UAGUUGGAUUUAAAAAAUGGUUUCAUUGAAUACCUUGAAUGUGAAAACCAUUGUCCCAAGUAUUAGGGCUACAAAAAGAAGACACAGCAGCUUGUCAAUAUGGAAGCUAGAGUUUGGACAGCCCUCUCCAGAGGCACUGUGACCUCUACCGGGUAUGACAUGGCUGACACUGGCCACCAUUUUUAUGCAUUUGUAGUCACAUUGCGAUGUUUUGCGUUGGUGGUUUCUUUUCUCUCUCUCCCUCCCCCUCUCCCUCUCCCUCUGUCUCUCUCCCUUCCUGUCUCUCUGUAUCUGCUGCACACUGUGCUUGAAAACAAUUAGAAUGCGCCACACUUUUUUGGCAUGAAAUUUCACCAAGCCAGCUCUGUAUCCCCAACCUCUAGUCAUACAAUCAGUUUUGUGAAAAUGCAGGAUAUAGGUUUCCUGCCACCUGAUCGGUUCUUUUGGAGUCCACAGUCACCAGAUUUGUGAAACACCCCACUCCUCUUUCCACCAGAAACACCCACAAGGCAAAUUCACACCUUCGCCUCUGAGGUUGAGGUUAGAAGAGUAAAACAUCAGUGAUGCUUUAAAAACUGCAUCUGAUGAUGCCAGGCAUCUGGCUGGCAUUCUUCCUAAGGGGGUGAAGUCCCAGGUCACUGGGGGAACCUCCCUCAUUGCCUCGCUAUAGAAGAGAACACGCAUUUCCCUAAGUCCGGCUCUCUCCUGCUCAGCAUUUGCUCGUGUACUUCUUGUCUGAACUAUUUUCUUCAUUUCUCUAACUAACUGCUACUGUGCCUGGAAAGUUCUGGAGCUUCCUCCUCUGAGAAGCCUCUCACUCACCCUGGUCUAAGAAAUGAGGGAUUCUGUGUCUCCCUCUCUCACUGCCCCUCCCCUCUCACUCUCAAAAAGAAAUACACAUUAAAAAAAUUUAAUGAAAAAAAGAGUAAUAAAAUGCGGCCUUUAAAUAAAUUUAAAAACACAAUAAAGAGAAAUGAAGUGUUGAGUUGGGCUUGGCGGUCACCUCCACUCAGUUUCUUCUCCUUCCCUUCCCCACCCCAGCCUCCCAUGGAACGGAGAAACCAUUCGAGCCUGGCUGAGUUCGUGUUCCUUGGUUUCCCCAAAGUGGGACAUGUCAGGGGCUGGCUUUUUGCCCUGUUGCUGUUGGCAUAUCUGUUCACUUUCUGCGGCAACUUGCUCACCUUCUUGGCCAUACGACUGAACGCAGCCCUCCACACACCCAUGUACCACUUUGUCAGUAUACUCUCCUUAUUGGAACUGUGGUAUACGGCCACUACCAUCCCCAACAUGCUAGCCAAUCUUCUCCGUGAGAAGAAGACCAUUUCUUUUGCUGGAUGCCUCCUUCAGACCUACUUCUUCCACUCUCUAGGGGCCUCUGAAUGCUACCUUCUUACAGCCAUGGCCUAUGACCGAUACCUGGCCAUUUGCCGACCCCUCCACUACCCUGCAGUUAUGACCCCGACACUCUGUGGCAAGUUGGCUGCUGGUUGUUGGACUUGUGGCUUCCUGUGUCCCAUUUCUGAAGUCAUCCUGGUCUCCCAGCUCCCCUUUUGUGGCUAUAAUGAAGUUCAACACAUCUUCUGUGACUUCCCACCUCUGCUGAGCCUGGCCUGCAAGGACACAUCCACUAAUGUCCUCGUGGACUUUGCUAUCAAUGCUGUCAUCAUCCUUAUCACCUUCCUCUUUAUUAUGGUUUCUUAUGGAAGAAUCAUCAGUGCUGUACUGAAGAUAAAAACAGCAGAAGGAAGAAAGAAGGCCCUCUCUACCUGUGCGUCACAUCUCACUGUGGUGCUCAUCUUUUUUGGGAGUAUCAUUUUCAUGUAUGUGCGCCUAAAGAAGAGCUAUUCCCUGACCCUUGACCGGACACUUGCUGUAGUCUACUCUGUACUAACACCACUCGUCAACCCAAUUAUCUACAGUCUUCGUAACAAGGAACUCAUUAAGGCCAUCAAGAGGACCAUCUGCCAGAAGUCAGGAAGGGCUCACCAUUGACUCUCUACCAAGGUCCUUCUUCCAUUUUAGGGUUGGCCUCAGAAACGUUCUAUGUACCUUGGUCUUGGCCUUCAAUAAUCUUCCCAUUACCACACAUGCUAUGGAUCCCAUCUCCUCUGGCCUUCUCAAAGUAUGUUUUUCUUUUAUUUCCUACGUCUUUAUGUUUUCCAUUUUUCACUUGAUCAGUGCUUUCAGCAUUUAAGAAUACUUUAGAAUCUUCCUUCUUAGAAACAGGCACACAUAUUUCCCUGGCCACACAUUCCCAGCCAGCUACAGGUCUAUUUCUUAUGCUCUCAUUUCCAAUUAAACUCUCAACGUGAUUAAUGACACAGUCUACCUCCUCGUCUUCACUCCCUACACAUUUUGCAACCCACUGCCAUCUGGCUUUGGCUCAAAGCUUUCAAAAAAUAUUGUGUCAAGCUCAUUAAUGACCUCCAUGCUGCCUUAUCUGUUAGACUCGUCUUGUCUUUCCUCUUAUAUAUUUUUAUUUCUUUAUUUUAAAUUUCAAUCCAAAUUAGUUAGCAUAUAGUGUGAUAAUGAUUUCAGGAAUAGAAUUUAGUGACUCAUCACUUACAUAUAACACCCAGUGCUCAUCCCAACAAGGGCCGGCCCAUUUAACCCAUCCCACCACCCAAUGCCCCUCCAGCAACCCUUGGUUUGUUCUCUGUAUUUAGGAGCCUCUUGUGGUUUAUCUCCCUCUCUGUUAUCUUAUUUUUGCCUCCCUUCCCCUAUGUUCAUCUGUUUUGUCUCAUAAAUUCCAUAUAUAAGUGAAAUCGUAUGAUAUUCAUCUUUCUUGAACUCUUGAUAUACAUGACCAAUUCUUUUUUAAAAAGUGGUCUCUUCGCUUUGAUUGUAUCAUUAUCUCUUGAUUUUCUCCUUCUUCAUUAAAUCCAUCUUUCUGUCUUUUUUUGUCCUAUCUUACUUGAUGCUUGAGGUAUCCUUAUGGCUUUCAAUUUCGUAUCUAUGCCAGAACUCUUUGAAUUCUUCGAAUGCAUUAAGACUUGAAUGGAUCCGAGAAUUCGCACCGAUUUCCCACCGACCUUCAUUUGGUUCAAUCCUUCUCAUUGUGUGAGUUUCUGUUCAAAUGGCACUUUCAAGUGACAUUAACUUCUAGAGGACUUCUUGAACGCCCACCUAAUAUAUGUUACUCAUUUUUUUCUCAUUUGAAUUAUGUUUGCUUUCUUCAAAGUGUGUUCUACAACUUAUAUAUGUAUAUGUAGUUAGAUAGGUGUAGAUAUUGGUAUUAUAUAGAUAUUAUAUGUAAUUCUUUCCUACAAGUCCAUAAACUGCAUUUGGUCUGAAAUCAUGUCAGUUUUGUUACUCACUGUAUGUCCAGAAUUUAACGAGUGUUUAAACGUGCUGAAUAUCAAUAAAAAUGCCAAGAAUGAAAAAUGUAAUGAAUCUUACCUACUCCUAUCACUCACACAUUUUGAUCCCUACUUUGAUCACUACUGGAACCUACUCUUUUCUAAAAUGCUUUGAUCCACACCAGUUGAACUCACCCGUGUUUCCUACACAACCAGCCUCAACUUGUCCGUAACCAUGUAACACUUUGCCAUUUAACACUUUUUGGCUAAUAACUGACAACUAACCCUUAUUAACCACUAACUGUGUGCUGCUCUCAGUGAUUUUUCUGGAUCUCUAUUUCUUUAUUCACAAACGGUGGUGGGCGAGUAAGCCAGCAUUAGGUGACGUUCCCUGCUAACAUGAUACAGUUCUAAGACCCCAUUUAACCCUUUACUUUCUUAGAUGUUCUUUGGGGGGCCUGGAAUUCCAAGGCUAGUAAUUUAUCACAAACAUGAGUUUUUUUCUGAGUCACAAAUUUCCCAGAAUCUUUUAAGAUUCCUCAUACAUUUAUUACAUUUUCUAGGUGUUCAAACAAUUACCUCAAAUAUAAGACCUU